AUGGGGAAUGUGUCGCCCACUCCCAAGCAGCUUCUCACCGAGGCCAUUAGUUUUUGGAGCAUUGCCAUUGUUUUAUACAUUUGCAGAAUGAUAUCUCGAAUGAUUGCAAGUGGGUCUAUUAAGCGCUUGAGUUUCGAUGACUAUGUUAUGACUGCAACUUUUUUAAUCUACACGGGUUUGCUCGUCCUCAUCCAAAUUUCCUCACGCUAUGCAACGAAUCUCAUGGAUCCUGCGGACUAUGACAAAGUUCUAGCAGACCCCAAGGAAGUGAGGGACCGGAUCUUUGGGAGCAAAAUUGUUAUUGGACUUGAACAGUGUAUGCUUUUCUCCACGUGGGGGGUUAAAAUUUGCAUGUUGAGCUUGUUCUGGCGACUGACGAAGAAUCUUCGGCUGCACCUCUAUGUUCGCAUCAUUGCGGUAUAUGUCGGCAUUGGCUUUGUCGUAAUCAUGGUCACAUACUAUGCCGUUUACUGUCGCCCGUUCUCACAAUACUGGGCUAUGCCGGUGAAAAACAUGCAGUGUGCGACCUACCAGUACUAUUCCAUCACCCAGGCGGUGUUUAACAUAUCAUCCGACGCAGCGAUGCUAGCCGUACCAAUCCCACUCCUGAUCAAAACACAGCUGAAAACGAGCAAAAAGGCCAUUUUGAUGUGUAUCAUGAGCCUGGGACUUUUCACCAUUGUUGCCGCGAUUCUUAAUAAAGUGUUCAAUUUUGCCUCGCCGCUGACAACCACCUACCAAAUCUGGUACAUCCGUGAAGCGAGCACGGCGAUAUAUGUCGCAAAUUUGAUAUGCCUGUGGCCUCUUCUUCGCCUGAUUUUUGGCCUGAAUGGAUUUCAAAACAGCAGCAGACAAUAUCAACAGCAUGGCAACCGGCCAAACAAGGGAUCGACCGGGGAUUCGCGGUCUGUGGGAACUAUGGUCAAUCGUUCUCAAACACGCCCAUCGCUGCCAUACAGCCAAGCUCUACAUCUCGGUGGACUGUGGCGGCAUGAAAAGGCCACAGGACCAGCGAAUGAGUCACGCACGAGUGAUGAAGAGGCAAUCAACAUGAUCUCGGCUGAGCAUCCGGAUCAAGUUCACGAAUUGCGAGAAAUGGAUACUAUUAAGGGAUGGGGUAAUCAGAAGCCCCAACACAUGGGGAACGGGCGACCCACAUCGCCCGACCUUGAAGCAGGAAGCAUAACCCUAAAGCAACAAUCAACCUCGCUUGAAGAAAGGGUGGGCUACGUGAAACACCAUAUCUUGGCUUCUGAUUCAGUUGGCAACCAGGCCUUGGCAGGCAUCUGUCGACGCUCCACUCAGGUUAUCGCAGGAAGCUGA